CAACAUAAUUUUGUUAAAUUUAGCACAAUUUAAUUAAUUUAAAAACGAACAUAUUUUUUUGUUAAACUAAGCCUAAAAUUCUGCUACAAAAAUUUUAUUAGAAAAAAAUGUUAAAACUAAAAAGUGUUGCUAACAUAUGCAACGCCACUGCAUUGCGUUCCAUCUCUACAACUGCUACUUGCAAUGAAUCAGAUUCUUGGUUUUCAAAAUUGUUGGUGCGUAAAAUCGAACCCACCAAAGAGCCACACAGUCGUAUGUUAAGUGACAAGGAAAUUAUUUACGCUUUACAUACACACAAUGUUCGACCUGAUUCUAUGGCGGAAUAUUUAAACAAUUAUAAAACUACUGUACAAUUAAUCAAAGAUAAAAAAGCCAACUUAUCUUGCGAUUUGAUGGCUUCCUGGACCGUCCAUGUGGGUGAUAUGGAUCAAUGUUUGCAUUUAUGGAAAUAUACGGGUGGUUUUGAGAAAAUCGAUAUAGCCAAAGAGGAUUUAUGGCACGAUAAUGAAUACAUGUCACUGAUGAAAGAACGUUCGAAAUUUUUAAGAUCACGUCAUUUGCAAUAUCUAUUGGCCUUUAGCUAUUGGCCACAAAUGGAAAUGCGCUCCGGCAAAAAUAUCUAUGAAAUGCGUUCUUAUCGCUUAAAACCGGGCACCAUGAUUGAAUGGGGUAAUAAUUGGGCUAGAGCUAUCAAUUUCCGUAAACAUAAUAAUGAAGCCUUUGCUGGUUUCUUUUCGCAAAUUGGUCGCCUUUAUAAUGUUCAUCAUAUUUGGUGCUACAAAUCUUUGGCUGAACGUAAAGAGACCCGUGAAGCUUCUUGGCGUUCGCCCGGCUGGGAUGAAUGUGUUGCUUAUACCGUGCCAUUAAUUAGGGAAAUGCACUGCCGCAUUUUGGCUCCUACGGAAUUUUCCCCCACCCAAUAAGAUUUUCUUUUUAUUUUAAUUUUUUUAAAUUUAAAAGUGAUCUUAGCUUCAACGAAACGCACAUUUUCUUUAGUUUUUUUCUUCUUUUUCGUCAAAAGUUUAUUUUUUAAUUAAAUAGUUGGCAUUCAGAAAAAAAUCAUAAAUAUAUAUAAAUUGUUAUAAAAUAUUGAAUAUUGUUAAAAAAAUCGAUGGGCUUUACGAAAAACAAACAACCACAACUUUGUUAAUUUUUAAGAAUAUAAAAUUAUGUAUACAUAUGAUAAUAAAAACUGUUGAACAGCA